AGUAAAAACUUCAACCAACACGUGCCGGUUAAACAGGUUAAAAUUUCAAUUAAAUUCGCAUUUCCAAUGAAUAUAAAUGUUCAGUGGAAGUAAAGCUUCCCUCUGGAUUUCGCAAGUAGAAAAAAAGGGCAAAGAAAGAGAGAGAGAAAGAGAAAAACAGCAGUAGAUCUCAAGCCUUUUUAGUUGCAGAGAUCUUUUUGGGGUUAUCGGUAUAGAAAUUAGAAAAAAAAAAAAAAAGGGGAAGAGGAGGUAGCGAAAUCCCACUAGUUUGUCUCUUUUCUUUUCUUUUUUUUUUUUCGCAUUUGAUCCCAUGCUCGUAUCGUUAAGCUUUGAUCUUAACCUUUUGUCUUCUGUCGAAACCUUAGAUCGAUCAAAACAAAAACCCUCUUUUUCUUUUUCUUUUUCUUCAUCUCAUCGAAAAAGAUAAACAAAGGUGGAUUUAGAUAGAGAGUGUGUUUGUUACUUGCGUUGUUGGUUCUUUGAAGCUUAAAGUCUUUAUUUUUUCUUUUGGGGUGACACUGAAAAAUGGGUACUGGUUGGAGAAGAGCUUUUUGCACUACAAUCCCCAGAGAACCUGAAACCACUGUUUUAGACAAGCAACAUCAGCAAAGUCCAAGUCCCAGCCCCAGAAGUUGUGCCAAGUUAAGCUUCUUUUCUAGUGGAAGUAACCCUUCUACUCCUCGUUUUCAAUCUCAACCAGUUUCUAGCCCCAGCAUCCGUUGCCGCACUACUGUUGAACUAUCUUCCACAAACGAAAGCCCCCCUCUCCAAUGCAAAACAACCCCUAAAACAGCCACUAAAAUUCCUAAACCAAUUCUCUCCUCAAAUCCUUCCUCUCCUCGUUCUCCUCUCAAGCUCUCACUUUUCCGCAACAGCUUCAAGUUCAGAAGUAGUUGUGGAAUCUGUUUGAACAGCGUGAAGACAGGUCAAGGAACAGCUAUUUACACAGCAGAAUGUGCACAUGCCUUUCAUUUUCCAUGCAUAGUUGAUCAUGUUCGUAAACAUGAUUCCCUCGUUUGCCCUGUUUGUAAUAGCACCUGGAAAGAUGUCCCUCUUCUCUCCAUUCACAAGAACCCAACUCCUCCUGAAAAUGACACUGUUCUAAUAGAAAACACCACCCCCAGAAUUGAAGAGAAAAAAAUCAUUGAAUCUUAUUCACCCAGAAUUGUUAACCAGCAAGAACCCAAACCCAAACCCAAAUCCAAAUCCAAACCGUCUGAUUUAAGAUCCUACGAUGAUGAUGAGCCAUUGCUAUCCCCAACCGCCGGUGGCCGUUUCAAUCCCAUUCCAGAAGCUGAUGAAAACAUUGAAGAAGAAGAUGAAGUCGAGGAGUUCCAAGGAUUCUUCGUUAAUCCGAACCAUUCAUCAGCCGUCAAAUCCGUUGAAGUACUCCCAUUCAAUAGCCCUGAUUGGGGGAAUGUCCAGGUCAGGCUAUCAACCGAAACGGCGGUCGUUUCAGUGGGCCGUGGAUACGAAACUUACGCCGUGGCUUUAAAAAUCAAGGCCCCACCACCUCCCCCUGCAAAAAUACAAGCUGCUUCGAGGAAUAGCAAUACGGCAACGCAUUGGGACCCUUCCCAUCGUGCGCCUAUCGAUUUGGUUACUGUUCUUGAUGUGAGCGGAAGCAUGACCGGUUGUAAACUCCAGAUGUUGAAACGCGCCAUGCGUUUAGUCAUUUCCUCGCUCGGCUCUACUGAUAGGCUUUCUAUCGUGGCCUUCUCGGCUUGUCCAAAACGGUUAUUGCCUUUGCGGAGAAUGACGGCUCAGGGACAAAGAGCUGCUAGGCGCAUUAUUGACCGGCUCGUCUGCGGUCAUGGGACAAGCGUUGGCGAUGCGUUGAGGAAAGCUACGAAAGUGCUUGAGGAUCGAAGGGAGAGAAAUCCGGUAGCUAGCAUUAUGUUGUUAUCCGACGGCCAGAACGAGAGAGUCCAGUCUAAUGCUACAAUUCAACGGCAUCAUUCAAGCCAUGUGUCGUCUACUCGUUUUGCUCACAUUGAAAUUCCGGUUCACGCGUUCGGGUUUGGGCAAAGUGGCGGUUACAGUCAUGAGCCGGCUGAGGAUGCGUUUACUAAAUGUGUUGGUGGGUUGUUAAGCGUUGUGGUCCAAGAUUUGAGGAUCCAGCUCAGCUUCGCAUCUGGCUCAGCUCCAGCUGAAAUCACAGCUGUUUAUUCAUGUAAUGGAAAGCCUACUGUUUUAACUUCCGGUUCGGUGCGGCUUGGCGACUUGUACGCCGAGGAAGAAAGGGAAUUACUCGUGGAGCUGAAAGUGCCGACAUGGGCGGUUGGGUCCCACCACGUGAUGUGUGUUCGCUGCCUUUACAAGGACCCCGCUUCGCAAGAAGUUGUAUACGGCAGAGAUCAGGCGCUUCUCAUGCCUCCUCCUCACGCCGUUCGAUCAUCAGCUCCCAGAAUCGAACGGUUGAGAUUCUUUUUCAUCACGACUCGAGCCGUCGCUGAGGCCAGGAGGUUGAUCGAGUGCGGUAACGACUUGACAAGCGCGCACAAUUUGUUGGCCUCAGCGCGAGCUUUGUUGAUGCAGUCGAAUUCGUUAUCAGCUGAGGAGUACGUGAGAGAGUUAGAAGCUGAGUUGGCUGAAUUGCAUUGGAGGAAACAGAAGAUGAUGGAAAUCCAACGGCGGAGGGUGAACGAAAGGGAGAGAGAAAGGGAGGCGAUGAUGGUGGCGAUCGAUGAGAAUGGGGAGCCACUUACGCCGUCAUCGGCUUGGAGAGCUGCUGAGAAAUUGGCUAAAGUAGCCAUCAUGAAGAAGUCGUUGAAUCGUGUCAGCAAUUUACACGGUUUCGAAAAUGCUAGGUUUUAGUGUUUUUGUUUUUUUUUUAAUUUUACUUUUUAUAUAAAAAUGGAGAAAAAUGAAGGGACCAGUAUUGUUAUGUUGAAUUAAAAUCCCCAUUUUCUACUGUGCAGGAAAGAAAAGGAAAAGUUUGUAUUUUAAUUUUAGGGAUUUCACAUGUUUCGUCAUCUUCAUCAUCCUACAAUAUUGUAAAUGCUAGUGUAAUUGGGUUUUUUACAACUUUUUUAUCGCUUUUUAUAUUUGGCAAGUGGGAUUUUAAUGCUUUUAUUUUUUUUAUUCACGUUAAACAUUAUAAUGUUAUCCUUUUGGUGGGUUUCAGAGAUGUUAAAGGUCAAGUUAAAAAAAAAAAAAAACAACAAGAUGGUGCGGAAUGAUUGGGGUAGCUAGGCCUAGGACUCGUAAAUGAUAAUGAUGAAUGAAUCAUUUUCGUGUUAUUAUAUUCUCUUUGUUUAUUGCUAUUAUUUUGCUUUUGAAUUCUUGAAUUAUAAUAACAACUAGACCUUUUUCUUUUUAUAGACUUAUGACAUAGAAGAUGCGUUUCUCCUUCAGCCCCACAUUUCUGUAUCAAACUAUAUAGCACAUUGAAAUGAAAAUUUGUGUGAAAAAAUGAAACAUGUGAGCAAAUUAUAUGAAUUUUCCACCAGUGAGUAUCCUUCUGAAU